GGAAGGGGCCGCGCCGCCGCUGGUGGGAGUUGUAGUCCGGCCGUGGUUGGGGGGGGGGCCCGCGGCUCAUGCGCGGUGCACCGAGGCUUGUUUCACAUCUGUAACAACAGAGUUAGUAGAUGAAUUUCAGUGGUCCGGAGCAACUGUCUUUCCCUGCGGGGGCCAUCACUUUAGUGACCCAGCAUUGUACUUCCCAGGAGGAGGCCCAGCCUCGUGAUGAGGAAUAGCAAAGAGAGAAUUCAGCUCCAGUUCAAAAGCCCACAAAAUCUGAGACUGUCACUGCUCUUGUAAGUUUUCUCUCUGAGCUACCAUAUCCUAUCGGCUGAAAUUUCCGGCAUCCCUGGGGGAGAGGAGGCCAUCAGGGCAGACCUGCUAUGGACCUGAAAGAUUCGUCCCCAGGAUUCCAGCUUUCCCUCCUGGCCAGAAAUGUUCAGCCUGGACUCAUUCAGAAAAGAUCGGGCCCAGCACAGGCAGCGUCAGUGCAAACUUCCCCCACCCCGUCUUCCACCCAUGUGUGUCAACCCUGCCCCUGGAGGGACCAUUUCUCGAGGCUGAACGUUAACAUUUCCAACAUGGCAGCUUCUAGGGACCUAUUAAAAGAGUUUCCACAGCCCAAAAAUCUUCUCAACAGUGUGAUUGGAAGAGCCCUUGGCAUCUCACAUGCAAAAGACAAAUUGGUCUACGUGCACACAAAUGGACCAAAGAAAAAGAAAGUCACCCUCCACAUAAAGUGGCCCAAGAGCGUGGAGGUAGAAGGCUAUGGCAGCAAGAAGAUCGACGCUGAGAGGCAGGCUGCAGCUGCGGCCUGCCAGCUGUUCAAGGGCUGGGGUCUGCUGGGUCCCCGGAAUGAGCUGUUUGAUGCAGCCAAAUACCGCGUGCUAGCCGAUCGCUUUGGCUCUCCGGCUGACAGCUGGUGGCGCCCAGAACCCACCAUGCCACCUACUUCCUGGCGGCAGCUGAAUCCUGAGAGCAUCCGGCCAGGGGGACCUGGGGGCCUAUCCCGCUCCUUGGGCCGGGAGGAAGAGGAGGAUGAGGAGGAAGAGCUAGAAGAGGGGACCAUUGAUGUCACUGAAUUUCUGUCUAUGACCCAGCAGGACUCCCAUACCCCACUCAGGGAUUCGAGGGGGGGUUCCUUUGAAAUGACAGAUGACGACAGUGCUAUUAGGGCUCUGACCCAGUUUCCACUUCCCAAGAACCUUCUGGCCAAGGUGAUUCAGAUAGCGACAUCGUCCUCCACAGCCAAGAACCUCAUGCAGUUCCAUACUGUGGGCACCAAGACCAAGCUGUCCACCCUCACCCUACUCUGGCCCUGUCCCAUGACCUUUGUCGCCAAAGGGCGUCGCAAAGCAGAGGCAGAGAAUAAGGCGGCAGCCCUGGCUUGUAAGAAACUGAAGAGCCUGGGCCUGGUGGACCGGAACAACGAGCCGCUCACCCACGCCAUGUAUAACCUGGCCUCCUUGCGCGAGCUGGGUGAGACCCAGCGCCGGCCGUGUACCAUCCAGGUGCCUGAACCCAUCCUCCGCAAGAUAGAGACUUUCCUGAACCACUACCCCAUGGACAGUUCAUGGAUCUCCCCAGAGCUCCGGCUGCAGAGUGAUGACAUCUUGCCUUUGGGCAAGGACUCGGGGCCGCUGGGUGACCCUAUCACAGGCAAGCCCUACGUGCCCCUGUCAGAAACAGAGGAGCUGCGUCUGAGCCAGAGCCUGCUGGAGCUGUGGCGGCGGCGAGGGCCGGUCUGGCAGGAGGCCCCCCAGCUCCCUGUGGACCCUCAUCGGGACACCAUCCUCAGUGCCAUCGAGCAGCACCCGGUGGUGGUCAUCGCCGGGGACACGGGCUGUGGGAAGACCACGCGCAUCCCCCAGCUGCUGCUGGAGCGCUACGUGACCGAGGGCCGAGGUGCUCGCUGCAACGUGAUCAUCACUCAGCCGCGCCGCAUCUCGGCUGUGUCCGUGGCACAGCGGGUCAGCCACGAACUGGGCCCCUCCCUGCGCCGGAACGUGGGCUUCCAGGUGCGGUUGGAAAGCAAGCCUCCAACCCGAGGCGGGGCUCUGCUCUUCUGUACAGUGGGCAUCCUGCUACGGAAGCUGCAGAGCAACCCCAGCCUGGAGGGCGUGAGCCACGUCAUCGUGGACGAGGUGCACGAGCGGGACGUGAAUACGGACUUCCUGCUGAUUCUGCUCAAGGGCCUGCAGCGGCUCAACCCGGCCCUGCGGCUGGUGCUCAUGAGUGCCACAGGCGAUAACGAGCGCUUCUCCCGCUACUUUGGUGGCUGCCCUGUCAUCAAGGUGCCUGGCUUCAUGUACCCUGUCAAGGAGCACUACCUGGAGGAUAUCCUGGCCAAGCUGGGCAAGCACCAGUACCCACACCGGCAUCGGCACCACGAGUCUGAGGAUGAAUGCGCUCUCGAUUUGGACCUCGUGACUGAUCUGGUUCUGCACAUUGAUGCCCGCGGGGAACCAGGUGGGAUCCUCUGCUUCCUGCCUGGGUGGCAGGAGAUCAAAGGAGUGCAGCAACGCCUCCAGGAGGCCCUGGGCAUGCAUGAGAGCAAGUACCUCAUCCUGCCAGUGCACUCCAACAUCCCCAUGAUGGACCAGAAGGCCAUAUUCCAGCAGCCUCCCGUUGGGGUGCGCAAGAUUGUCUUGGCCACCAACAUCGCUGAGACCUCCAUCACAAUCAAUGACAUUGUGCACGUGGUGGACAGCGGUCUGCACAAGGAGGAACGCUACGACCUGAAGACCAAGGUGUCCUGCCUGGAGACCGUGUGGGUGUCACGAGCCAACGUGAUCCAGCGCCGGGGCCGGGCGGGCCGCUGCCAGUCAGGCUUUGCCUACCACCUCUUCCCGCGGAGCCGGCUGGAGAAGAUGGCCCCUUUCCAGGUGCCGGAGAUCCUGCGCACGCCCCUCGAGAACCUGGUGCUGCAAGCCAAGAUCCACAUGCCAGAGAAGACGGCAGUGGAGUUCCUCUCCAAGGCCGUGGACAGUCCAAACAUCAAGGCGGUGGACGAGGCUGUGAUCUUGCUCCAGGAGAUCGGGGUGCUGGACCAGCGGGAGUACCUGACCACUCUGGGGCAGCGCCUGGCCCACAUCUCCACUGACCCACGGCUGGCCAAGGCCAUAGUGUUGGCUGCCAUCUUCCGUUGCCUGCACCCGCUGCUAGUGGUCGUUUCCUGCCUCACCCGGGACCCCUUCAGCAGCAGCCUGCAGAACCGGGCGGAGGUGGACAAGGUGAAGGCACUGUUGAGCCACGACAGUGGCAGUGACCACCUGGCGUUCGUGCGGGCUGUGUCCGGCUGGGAGGAGGUGCUGCGCUGGCAGGACCGCAGCUCUCGUGAGAACUACCUGGAGGAAAACCUGCUCUAUGCGCCCAGCCUGCGCUUCAUCCACGGACUCAUCAAGCAGUUCUCAGAGAACAUUUAUGAGGCUUUCCUGGUGGGGAAGCCCUCGGACUGCACCCUGGCCUCUGCCCAGUGCAACGAGUACAGUGAGGAGGAGGAGCUGGUGAAGGGUGUGCUGAUGGCGGGUCUCUACCCCAACCUCAUCCAGGUGAGGCAGGGCAAGGUGACCCGGCAGGGCAAAUUCAAGCCCAACAGUGUCACGUAUAGGACCAAAUCCGGCAACAUCUUGCUGCACAAGUCGACCAUUAACAGGGAGGCCACACGGCUACGGAGCCGAUGGCUGACGUAUUUCAUGGCUGUCAAGUCCAAUGGCAGCGUCUUUGUCCGGGACUCCUCCCAGGUGCACCCACUAGCUGUGCUGCUACUGACCGACGGGGACGUCCACAUCCGUGAUGAUGGGCGCCGGGCCACCAUCUCCCUUAGUGACAGCGACCUGCUGCGGCUGGAGGGCGACUCACGCACCGUGCGGCUGCUGCGGGAGCUGCGCCGGGCCCUGGGCCGCAUGGUGGAGCGGAGCCUGCGCAGCGAGCUGGCUGCACUGCCGCCCUGCGUGCAGGAGGAGCACGGGCAGCUGCUUGCGCUGCUGGCAGAGCUGCUGCGCGGGCCCUGUGGCAGCUUUGACGUGCGCAAGACAGCUGACGACUAAGCCCCGUCUCCGCUGGGGCCAUGUACAGAGUGCAAAUGUUUAUUUAAAAUAAAGUUCUAUUUAUCCCUUGUGAGCAUCGCUAUCCGCUGGGGCUCCCCAAACCAAGAGGAAGAGUGAAGGCUCAGAAGGGAGGGCCCCAAAGUCUUUCUUAGGAGAGCAAGGGGCUUAGAACCCACCCCUCAGGAGCUUGAACCACUCAUGCGGUUCUUGGCUUGUGCUGCUUGGCCCAGUCUAGUCGUCUUUGUCACAGCCGCGGUGGGAGGCAGUGUCCUUGCGCGUGCGGCAGGGCCCGCAGCGUGGAUCCUCUCUGGCUGGCUGCCACCUCCUAACCCAGGCAAACGGGGGAGGGAGAAGUUCCACAAGCAGCCUUAACCUUUGGUCACAGCCACAGAUUCACAGACUGCACGCUGCACCCCAGUCCCUCGAUGCGAGGGGACAAGCUGGGGGCUCUGGGGGCCUCGGAUGCUGAAGACGUAGACAACCAGGACGUAUACAGAAGACAGGGCCUGCGUGGUGGGACAUACGAGCUUUAUUUGUUCUGGAAAUCGCAACAACAAUCACAGAUGGACAUGGUUAACGGCUGAGCCAUAAGCAAAUGGGGAAGUACAGAAACGUUCCAGCCCCAACGGCUGCAGAAUAGAACACAGCACACACGGCCUCUGGUCCCACCUGUCAGGGCGGCCUUCUCAGCUUCUCUGGCUUGUGGGACCCUUCAAGGGAGCUGUGACCAAACCACCUUUCAGAACACUGAUCACUCCAGCGCCCCCUAGAGUGCUCUCUGCCGGGGUCACCUCUCCCACCCCUACCUUUGGCCAACGGAGUAAAACGACCGAGAGCUUGUCCACCCCAGCAUCAACACAGGUGCAGGUACCUUUAGGCCCAGCACUGUCACCCCACUGCAUCUGGCACCCCACCUCCCACUGCGUCCUCCCAGUUUCAUCUCACCCUUUCUUGCAGACAAAACACGGAUGCCCUGAUGUCCCUGGCGCCGUUGAAGCACUGUGUGGACAGUCUCUGGCCCUGGGAGCGCUUUUUCCACAAGACCCCUGCAAUUUCUUGGUAUGUGCUUGGGGAGCUGGGGAGAUGGUGUCGAACCUCCCUGGAGAAAAUGCUACCUCAGAAAGGGAGAGCACCUGCCCAGCCCAGACACCCUCCCUCUACAUGGACUUCGAAUCUGAUCCUAGGUCAGCAGCUCCCACCUUCUCAGCGCCAAGGGAUGCCAGAGGAGAAGGUGGGGAGUGUGAGGGGCCAAGUCUGCACUGCAGAAAAUGCUCUUCCAGAGGAGAAGCCUUGGAGACUCCCAGGCCAUUUCACUACAAACUGUUACGUUUUAAUCCUUUAUUAGAAACCAUGCAAACUUUAAUACAAAAAAUACAAGUGCAAUAAGAAUCUUCGUGUCAAUACAAUUCCCGGGACUUAUCAUUGCAGCCAUCCCAAGACCAGGCCUAACCAGGACACACCCCUUAGGCUGGCCUCGCCUCUCCUCUCUCCCCUCUCCAGUCAGGCCGCAAGGGAGCCUGGAUGGGUCAUCUCAUGUACUUAUUUUUUUUUAAUUUCCAGACUUGAUUCCCCACUAUCCACAUGAGUUCUGAACACAUUGGGCUCCCUGGCAACUGAGGGCUCGAGUGUCCUAGGUUGCAGGCUUGGAGGAAUUUGACCUCCAUGGCCCUUUCCAGCCCAACCGUGUCUCCCACCAGAUCCCAGGGAAUGAGACAGACAUAGAUGCCAAAACCAGCCUCUUGGUUAGAAAAGAAAAGCAGCAUACACACAAAAUGCCAGAACCACCAGUCCACACUCUGACCAGCCCCUAGCGGUCCCUGCCUGCCCUCUAGCCCACAGCCCCCCACUGCGCCUGCCCUGCCCACACCACCUCCGGGGCCAGGGCCCCGAGCUGCCCAAGACAGGGCAGCCUCCAAUGCCUCACCUCCCAGCUGGAGGCUUCAGGAUCUCCCCUCCCUGUUUCCUUUAACACCUACCAACGACUUUCAUUCAGACAUGGCUUCAACCUGCAAAACUACUCCACCGGUUUUCAGGUUAUUAAAAAAAAAAAAA